CUCCAAGCCUCUGUGCUUUUGCACUUCCUUCAAUUUGAUAUUCUGAUUUUACAUUUGCAACCCAAAGAAAAUAAAACAAUAAAAAUAAAUUUACAAUAUUUCCUUGCACCACAAUGUCCACUUCUAAAAAGAUGGCAGCUACAAUGGCUAUUGUGAUUUUUUCCAUAUUCCUCAAGAAAACCUCUGCAGAUCCUGACCUGCUUCAAGAUGUUUGUGUUGCAGAUCUCAACUCAACUGAGAAGGUAAAUGGAUUUCCCUGCAAGAAGAGUUUCACAGAAGCUGAUUUCUCCUCAUUGGCCCUAGCCAAUCCUGGUUCCACCAACACCACAAUGGGGUCAGUGGUCACAGCCGCAAACGUUGAAAAAGUCCCGGGACUUAACACACUCGGCAUAUCUCUGUCUCGUAUCGACAUUGCUUCGGGCGGAAUAAACCCACCCCACACGCACCCACGCGCCACCGAGAUGAUAUACGUGACGGAUGGCGAAUUGGACGUCGGGUUCAUAACCACGGCCAAUGUGUUGGUUUCCAAGCACGUAACAAAGGGCGAAGUCUUUGUUUUCCCUAAAGGACUUGUGCAUUUUCAAAAGAACAACGGGAAAGUUCCUGCUGCCGUCAUCUCCGCCUUCAACAGUCAGUUUCCGGGCACUCAGUCUAUUGGGCCAGCCUUGUUUGCCGCCACCCCCGAUGUCCCGAAUCACGUCUUGACAAAGACAUUCCAAAUUGGGAGCAAGGCAAUUAAGAAGAUCAAGUCUAGGCUAGCACCCAAGAAGAAGUAGGCAUAUACAUAUUUUUUUUACUUAUUGUGACUAGCUAAGUGUGAUGCCAAUUUUAGCUACCAAGGUCGUAACGUUAAGUCCGGGCAAAUUCUAUGUGGUGGCGCACUAAUCCAUAAAUGGCGUCAGCUUCACAAGUUUUAAAAUUUUUUUACA